AGUUGACAAGGCUAUUAAGCUGGAAUGGCUGCCCGACGCAUUUUAACACGAGUGGAUAACGAUGACGAUGAAGAGCAAUAUACGGGGAAGAGCAUCCUACCUGUUUCUCAUGAGAAGACAAUCGAUGAUACAUUUGUACCUGCAACGGGCGAAGACUACUUGCUCAUGGUUCGGAGACAAACGCGAAGAGUUCCUGCUAUUGUAGUAGCGGCACCGCCUCCGGAAACGAAAAAGUUCAGCCCAUCGACAUUACCCAGCCAUUAUCAGUUCCAAGUUGAGCAAGUCACACCGACCGCAGAGAACUUGCUCCCAAAAGACGAAUGGCGAACAGCAUUUCGAACACAAUUCGACGGUAUCAAAGAGAGUUUCUCACAGCUUUCCAAGCUUCAGAACAAUGAAAUUAAGCUACCAGCAGCAAAGGAUAAAAUGCAAUGGAAAGAAUUUCUUUAUGGGGCGCCAAAGACCGAGGAAAGUAGUGAUCAAAAAGAAGGACAUAAUCCCGAUGUCAACAUUCUUCAGCGGAUAAGUCAGAAUGUUGUACUUAGGUUAUUGAAUUGGCACAUUGAGUGGCUUGAAAAUAACGAGAUACAGAAAAACCAGGCAAUGUGGAUGUACGCGCUCUUGACGCGAUUGGACAAAGUCAUGACUUCAGAUGAAACGUCCAUCCUAAGAAACGUUUCUCGUAAAUGCAUUCAAAUUCGGCAAGAGCAAGCUGACCCCGAAAACCCGCAGGUGGCGUACCUCAACAUCCUCAUCACUAUCAUUGCAGCUUGCUUUGGUCAGGCUGACUUGGUUUAAACCUCAGGCAGAUCCCAUCCCACAUCCCUCCUAAUACCCCGAACCCCCAUGUGCAUUACUUGUUGAUUCCGAGUUAGUUCUACAUUUGAUUAUUCAUUUUACAAUUUUUAAAAAAAAGUGGCAUGGCCCGAGCGCAUGCAACAGUGUAUCUAUAAAAGCAAUUACAAGAUGCAGCAUAUUGCUGUUUAGAAUUCAAACUGAUCUCGGAAUUGAUUGAUAUCAGCUCCAACCAUAGCCUUGUCAGCAAGAUCACGGCGAUCCUAUAGUAAUCGAAUGUUUAGUUUCAU